AUGGAUUCAAGAACGAAGUCUAUCCAAGAUAUACUGGGUCUCAUGCAGAAAAAUUUAGAAUGUUCCAUUUGCUUAGAUUUGCUGACAAACCCAGUAUCCACAAAGUGUGAUCAUCCAUUUUGCAGGUUCUGCAUCACUGAAUUCCUGAAGACAAAAACCUCCGUGCCUUGUCCACUUUGUAAAUGCCCAAUCACAAAACGAAGCCUAAAUGAUCGUCCCCAGCUGUCAAACAUUGUGGAAAAUGUCCGCCGGUUAAUGGGGGCUUUCUCAAAAGACACUGGACAGAAAUGUUCCCCUCCUCGGGCCUCCUCCUCUGCCAAUCUCCUGUCCUGUACCCCUGAGCAGCUGCCUCGCAAAGAGGCCAAGGGGACAAAAAGAAAAAUUUCUGUUAGUGAAAAAAAGGGAACAGCUGGGAAAAGUAAUGUUCGACAAAGCAAGAGGCGGAAAUCGGACCUGACCCCAGAGGUCAUGGAAUCUACUCAAGAUAACACAGAAACUGAUAUUAUAAAUGAAACAGCUGAUGGUUUAGAAACAGACCAACAUGUUAUUAAUACAGCUUUAAACCACAGAAUCAACAAAGAGAAAGAAAACCAAGAGGAAUCAAAAAGUGGUCUGAUUUUGUCCUGUCUCAAGUCUGAUGCUGGUGGAACUUUGUCUGAAAAAGGCGAUCCAUCAUGCACCAACCCCAAAGCUCUAACUAAAGGUAACACAAAACCAGGGAAUAUAAAUUUGAAAGGAAGAACUAAAAGUAUUUCACAUUUGUCAGGACCAGAGAAAGAUGAAGAAAUGGGUGUGUCUGGAAAAGCCAACCCCAAAGAAUUAACUAAAGAAAAGAAAGAGCUAGGAGAUACAAAUCUGAAAUCAAGAGAAAAAAGAACUAGAAGUACUUCACUGGUGUCCGGACCAGAAGGAGAAAAAAUGGCCAGAACAGCAGGAAACCUGAAUUCUGAAAGACAUCUCAGAGCCCAAAAUAAAAAGAAUUAUAAAGAGGACAGUGAUGAAAUAGACUUCAAUGAUGAUGAUGAACAAGUUCAAGGUCAUUCUGAAAGUCAAGGUCAUUCUGAACUUAGCUCCUUGCCAGAGAGUACGCCCCAUGUUGCGACAGUGACUCGAACCUAUGACAAGCAGUUUGUCAGUCAUAGAAAUGUCAGGAGUGUAUCCAAAGUGAAGGACUGGCUCACCAGUAAUGAUGUACAUGGGAAAGUUCCAGGUGAUUCACAAGAGUCAGAUAAAGUCCUACAUGGAGGCAGCUUGGAACAGUCAAGUAAUUCUGGAGAUAAUGGUGAGAAUUUCAUAGAGGAUGAAGAAGAAUUUGAGCUAGUGUCUUGUGAUUCCAGUAUACCAGAAUCAAUUGUGGAUAAGGAACAUGCAGACACAAGUGACAAAAAUCCGAGACAUAGUGAAACUGCCUCAACUUCUCUCUCUCUCUGUUCAGAUAACCUUCCUCCCACAAGCAAAUCACAAACAGAAAAGGGGGGACAAGUGGCACACAAAAUCUUCAAGACAACGAGAAACGAUAAACAUUUGGAAACUUCAGUUAAACAAACCAAAGGAAAAUUUCUCUUCAAAAAAAUUCAACCCAAAUCGGUCUUAGGAAUUGAUCAAGUUAUGGGAGUGAAGCCGCUCAAACCUAAAGACAGAGCUGUGAUCACUCAGAAGGAGAGUUUGAAACUAAGGGAACUGGAUCUGAAUACCUUUGGUAACGACUCGGAUCCAUACGAGUUCAAGUCGAGCCAGGUGACUCCAGUCAAGCCAAAAGUCCACAGGAGAAAGGCAAAGGCGAGAGAUGACAAGAGAAAGGAAGGUCAGAUCAGUGUAGAAGUUCAGAACAUGUUGAGCAGGAAAAGUGGAAAAUCUAUUCUGAAAAAGGCAAAUGGUGAUGACUUAAAAGAGGGGAUGAGUGGAAGAGGAGGGGAGGGUGCUGAAGGGAAGAAGAAGAAACUGUCUCCAAAAGCUUUACAGAGGCAGAAAGAUGAAGAAGAGGCUCUGAAGGAAAUGAGAGACAAAAUCAGUCAAGCAGAAAGUUAUGACCUGGUGACCUCUACACAGGAAGUGAUUGAUCACCUGACUGAGGAAGAAAAUGGUGCAGAGGAAGAGCAUGAUAGUGUCUCAAAAAAUAAAAAGAUUGUUUCGUUUAAUCAGGAUGUGAUCUUCAUUAGUUCACAGAAUCAGAAUGGAGUUAAAAGUCUGAAAGGGGUAGGUGAAUCUCCAAAGAAUAGAAAGACUCAAUUGAACUACAUAGAAAAGAAUUUUACUGAAGAAGCAGGUGUAAGAACUUCUAAAAAUGGAGGAGGGAACCAGGAAACUGAGGAAGUAUUUAGGGAUGACUGUGAAACUGGUGCUCAUCAUAAAGAAAAGGUGGAAGUGCAGGACACGUCUGAAAACUUUAUUGAUGAAAUUUCUGAAAAUGUUUUGUCAUCAAAAGAAAAUAAAGCUGGGAACCUAAAAGUUACUUCUCCUGAAGAUGAGGAUAAUGAUGACGGAAAUUCGUCCUCCACAACUGACCUUGACAUUCACCCAGGAGAGUCAGAGUUUGCUGUUCCUAAUUUAGAUAUUCAACCCAAAGAAAUUCUGGAAAAACUGAGUUCUCAAGAUAUUAUACCUAACAUUGCUGUGAAUGAAAACAACAGGACAGCAAAUUGUGACACUGAAAUGGAAGUAGACAUCGUACCCAACAGUGAAGACCUCGGAAAAGACACAGGUGUUCCUAACUACAAAAGAAAAUCGGGAAUAGAGGCAAUGGCAAAGAACCCAACAAGGAAGAAAGUUAAGGAAGGAUGCAAACGCGAUGAUGACAAUGUUAAUUUAAACAAAGGGGACAGACAACAAAGAUAUAUAAUACAGGAAUUAGAAGAUUCAUCAAGUUUGGCUGUUUUUGGAGGGGAGGAGUUAGAGGCAGAGGGGAAUUGUCAGAAGGUCGAUGUUAAGGGUAGAGAGGCAGAUGUCAACUCUGUAAAUGUGGUUCCUGAGACGCCACUUAUUGCAAUUGACAGUGAAGCAUCUGUAACAGAUGCCAGCAGCCAACCUCAAGAGAAGAAACUCAUCAGGAAAAGUAGACUAAAGAAGAGCAAUAAAGAAAAGACCUGCAAGAAGAGUCCUGUGGCUACCAAGAAUGAAGAGAGUCAAAAAAAGGAAAAAGGCACUGACUUAACAAAUCUGCCAUCUACCAAAGAUAAAGAGAUGAGUGAAAACAUAGUUCCACCUUCUGUUGAUGUGUUUUCCACUGAUCUGCAUUCCAUGGAUGUGGUCGUAUUGGAUCAACAAAGUGGAAAAGAAGGUUCUGGAAGUAUUUCCACACAUUUAUCAAGUGAGACACAGGAUAGCCAAACUUCUCUUGGAAGUAAGUUCAAAGAGUCUGAAAGGACGUCUACACAACAGUCUAGUGAGACACAAAAUAGCCAAGCCUGCACAGUAAGGAAGUUGAAAAACUCGAAGAAAAAGCGUGGUAAUAGGAAGGCUGUUCCCUUUGUCAUUCAGGAGACUCCAGUUUUGGGAGAGGCUAAAGUAAGGGAUGAAGAAGUCACCGAAACAUGGAAACAAAAACAGAACACAGACGUUGUCACAGAUUCACAACAGUCUAUGUCUAGUUUAUGUAGCACCCAAGAAAGUGUCUCGAUUUUGGCACCAGUCCAUAAAUCAUUUGAAAAGGUUGUGGACAAAAAAUCACCAGAUUUUUUGAAAGAAAAUCUUCAGGCGGUGAACAAGAACAAAGGAGAGGAUAAGGAUAUCAUUGAAUUAAAAUCACGGGAAAAUGAGGCAGAAGAUCUACAAGGCAAAUCUUUGUCUUGUGAAAUUAUCCCUGAGGAAGAAGAUUCACCGAUAGUGAUAGCAGAGAGUAAACAGUCUACGAGGAGCACCUAUAACAAGUUGAGGAGACCUAAAAGGAAAUGCUUCUCCCUAGGGAGCCCCGAGGAGGCUCCAAAGAGGGAAUCCCAAGCAAGAAAUAAGCUCUCCAAAGUGGAUGAUGAAGAGAUGGAAAAACAAGGUAGUAGAAAAAAAGAAGAGGUGCAGACAGGGAAAUGUGAAGAGGAUUUGGAAAUAGUGGAAGAUUUGGAGAAGAAACAGAGAAUUCCUGAGAUUAAUCCCAGUGAGGUAAAUAGCAGUGGGGAUGUGAAGAGUACUCCCAGUGAUGCUUUGAUUCCAACCCAGCUGUCACUGAGAAGCAUCAAGAAACAAGAGAUGAAGCUGAAGAAGCAGCAACAACAGAGUUCCCCAGAAGAUGUUUUCCUGAUGGACUCUGAACCGCUGGGAUCCGGUUCUGGUUACCAGGAUCUGGUUCAGAACCAAGAAGGCUUGCUGGAACUGGAGCUGGGAGACCUGGAUGGUGUUAAUGAGAUGGAGACCAGGGAAAGUCAGGUGAGGUCCAGUAGUGGAAGAGCUAGUGGAGAAGUGGAAGACUCUAUGGAUGGAGAUUCUGAGCAUGUGGAAAAAUCAAGUAAUGUUAAAGACUAUAGAAAAGAUAAGGUGGAACAUAUACAGUGUAGUGGCAGUGGUAAUGAUAGACCUAAUGAGGACAAUGAAGGCAAGAACUCAGAAACUGUGACAACUGUGCCUGAUACUGAGGAAAAUGAAGAAGUGCUUGUACCUAAAAGAAGAUCAAGUUUAAGAAGUGCUAGCACACAAAUGUUCCCUCUGACAGUCAUGUUUCACAAAUAG